AUGGCUGCCAGUGUGAAUAGGAAGCAGUCACAGAGCAACAGGAAGAGCCUCCUCUCUGACUCUGGACCCAGCCUCUCCGGCUUCCUGUCAGGGUCUAGGCAAUCUGUUCCAACUGUGCUGAGUGACGACGCAGUGGCUUCCUGCCUCUCUCACCGGAACACGGGACCGGAGGAGCAACGGGGGAGGUCAGCGGAGGGAGGAGUGCAGGGGUGGGAGGUGAAGGGCGGCGGGGGCUACCGUGAUGGAGGGCAGCGUGUUCCUGCGGAGCUGCGUGUGCGGGGGAGGGAAGGCUGGGAGCUUUACGUCCAAAGCAGGCCCUCCAGGGGCUGUAGGCCUCUUAUGGACAGCACCGCCCAAUUUGGCGUGAGACGAGCAGGUCCCAGGGAGGGAGAGUUGAAGAUGUUUUCUCCCUCUGGUGAGUUUGGAGAGCCUGUCUUGAGGACGAUGUCCGACAGGGACAUGCAGGACACUGGCAGCCAGGAGAGCCGUCUCUCCUCCAGGGUUGCGCCCGUUCACCUGAGCUCCACCUUCCACCAGCAGGCGGACCAGGCGGAGCCUACCAGCGGAGGCUGCGCUGAUGAGGGGGCUGCAGUCUGA